AAAACUUCAAUAUUCGAUCUACGAGGUUGAAGAUGCUCGAAAUCGGUAGAUACCAUGGGUGGGUUUCUACCUUAAAGGCAGAGGCAGAGCUGAGAAUUUGGGCUCCUAAUCUAAUUUCAGCUUAUGUUUGUGGGUAGUUGUUUGCUAUAUGUCCCUUCUUUGGCUACUGCAAAUCUUUCUUUUGAUUAUUUAUAUGAUGAAUUAGAUCAAAUUGAUUGUGAGGACAUGGCGCCCCUUUAAACUGUUCCAUCAAGUUUUUCAUAGCAUCCCUAUGUUCAGAAUGUCUCGUUGUCAGAUUGGAGCGUUCAGGUUUCAUUUCUUAUAUGCAUUUUUGCUUUAUAAUUUAUAUAGUAGAUUUUUAGGCAGUGCCAAACUUUCUUGCCAUGGUUUUGUCAUUUGUGGAAUUUGAUUUGAAGCAAACUCAUGUUGUUACUUGCAGUUUCUUGUUGACAUGAAGGAGAACGACAUGCAUGUUCAAUUCCCGAAUGCUGAGUUUCUUGAACUAGAAUUUUAUGACUGCCGGAUGCUUGAUGUUGUUGUUCUUGACAUGUUUCCUAAGCUGAAGACGUUAACUGUUUAUCAGGCUAAUAAUACAUUGCAGGGUCAUCGUUUUACCUAUUAUGAUGAAGAGGUUGUUCACAUUACUAUGGUUGAUGCAUGUAAUUCAUUGGCGUCUGCUAAGAUGACUUCUCCCAGUCCCUCUCUUCUCCAUCUAAAGACAUUUGAGUUUACUUUGUCUAUGUGUGACCCUUCAAUAAUUCCGGCGAUACAAAUUCUGUUGGAAAAUGCUCCCAUACUUGAAAGGGUGGUUAUUCGACUAAGACAGCAAGCAUCUGAUGUAGAGACAUUCCUUUUUGCACAAGAGAAGGUGUUGAGUAUGCCGAGAUCAUCUCCUACUGCACAAGUCAUCAUAAGCUUAAUUGAUACAUGACUGAUAAGUGAUCCUCUACUUGGAGCUGCAGAGUAGCAGUUAUUAUUGAUGUUAAGCUUUUAUUUUGGCACUUUGAAUGAGUUGUUUGUCUCUUUAGACUCUCUGCUGGAAGAUAUACCCUGUUUAAAUAAAGCAAAGUUGUUGAUCACUUCUUA